AUGAACACUCUAAUCACCAAUACCUCUUCCACUACUCCCACCUACACCUUAUCCUCACCAUUUCCUCGGCCACCUCUAUCCUCUCACAUAUCAGAUUUCCACCUUUCCCUCCUCCUUCCCGUUCUUGCAUACUGGUCUCUCUCUUUAUUCUGGUCUAUCAUCUCACAUUAUAAUCUCUUCUCUACCUAUCGCAUCCACACACCAGCGGAAAUCCAGACGCGCAACCGUGCGACAGCUCGCGAGGUCCUUCGCUGUAUUGUCUUUCAGCAGUUGAUUCAGACAGCUUGGGGUUUGUUCCUCGGCCAUGUGGUUCUGGGAACUCAUGAUUUGGUUGGGACUGAAGAAUAUGAUAUUGCGGUUUGGGUGGAUAGGGUGAGAAAUGGUGGUUCUUGGAUGGUAUGGAGCUUGAAGACGGGGAUGACGGCUUUGGGAUUUGAUCUUGCUAGGUCAAAAACUUCGUUGCGUCUUCCUCUUCAUAUCCAUAUCGCCACUCCUGACGGAAAAAUUAUUGCAUGGGAAGUUAUACUCGCACAAGUAAUAUAUAGAGUCCUUGCUCCAGCCACCAGAUUCGGCAUUGCAACAUUCUUCAGCGACUCCUGGCAAUACUUCUGGCAUCGAGCCAUGCACGAGAAUAAAUGGAUGUACCGAAAUAUCCAUUCCAAACACCACCGCGUCAAUGCUCCCUACGCCUUCGCCGCCUUUUACAAUACCCUCACCGAAGCCUUCAUUAUAGAUACCGUUGGAACCACUCUCUCUUUCUUCUUCUCCGGUCUCAGCAUGCGCGAAGCUAUGCUAUUUUCUACCAUCAGCGUAUUAAAAGGCGUAGAUGAUCAUUGUGGGUAUAAACUCCCCUGGGAUCCUCUACAAUGGUUAGGAGAACAAGGAACCGUGUUUCAUGAUAUUCAUCACCAAACUUGGGGUGCAGGCACGAAUUAUUCGCAGGUUUAUACGACGUUUUGGGAUCAUGUGUUGGGGACGGCUAGUAAAAUGAGUUCGGAGGAGAUGGGGAAACUUUAUAAGAAGGGACAGGAUAGGGCGGAGCGCGCCAAGAAAGGUGAUUGA